AUGUCGAAAAAAGUGACGAAUACUUAUGACACAGAUAAAAAAACUUUUAAAUCAUUUUUGACGGAGUUUAUGGAGUUAGAUGGAAAUAAGCAAAAAAAUUAUAAAUAUGUUCAACAAAUGACUAAAUUGGCACAAAGAGAACAGGUUGCUAUGUACAUUGAGUUAGACGAUAUAGAAAGUUAUAAUUCUGAAUUAUGCGAAAGGGUUUUAAAAAAUACCAAAAGGUACAUUUCCAUUUUGUAUGAAACAGUCCAAGAAUUGCUACCAUCAUACAAAAUGCAUGAUGUUCCAGCUAAGGAUUCUUUAGAUGUGUAUAUUGAACAUCGUUUAAUGAUGGAUGAAAAAACGAAAGGGCAAGAAGGUGUUACAACAUCUCACAAUCCUUAUAAUAAAUUUCCUCCCGAACUCAUGAGAAGGUUUGAAAUAUAUUUAAAAAAUUCAUCCACCUCGAAAUCGUUACCUAUAAGACAGAUAAAAGCUAGCCAUGUUGGAUCUCUUAUAACUGUUCGAGGGAUUGUUACUAGGUGUUCAGAAGUUAAACCAUUAGUUUGUGUUGCGACUUAUACUUGUGAUGUUUGUGGAGCUGAAACUUACCAGCCAGUAAAUUCGUUAACAUUUAUGCCAAUAGCUACCUGUCCUUCUGAUGAUUGUAGAAUUAAUAAAUCUGGGGGUAGACUUCAUUUGCAAACUAGGGGAUCAAAAUUUAUUAAAUUUCAAGAAAUUUGUGUUCAAGAACCUAGUGAUGUUGUACCUGUAGGACACAUUCCAAGAUCUAUUAGCGUCUUUUGCAGAGGUGAAAAUACUCGCUUGGUCCUUCCUGGAGAUCAUGUUGCCAUAACUGGAAUCUUUUUGCCUCUUCUUCGUCAGGGAUUCAGUCAAUUAAUACAGGGUUUGGUUUCCGAACACUUCAUAGAUGCUCAGGUUACAUGCGGUGGAGAAUCGGUUGAUAAUUUAGAUGCAGAUUUCACAGAAAGUGAAAUUCAAGAAAUCCAAUCGGGGAAUUUGUAUAAUAAAUUGGCCAGCUCUUUGGCACCGGAAAUUUACGGUCACGAAGACGUUAAAAAAGCUUUACUUUUAUUAUUAGUGGGAGGAGUAGACAGGCGGCCAGAAGGGUUAAAAAUUCGUGGAAAUACGCACAUGUGUUUAAUGGGUGAUCCCGGAGUCGCAAAAUCUCAACUUUUAACAUACAUCGAUAGAAUUGCCGUCAGAAGUCAAUAUACUACGGGAAAAGGAUCUUCUGGAGUCGGUUUGACCGCGGCUGUAAUGAAAGAUUCAAUUACGGGAGAGCUAAUGCUUGAAGGAGGUGCUCUGGUAUUAGCAGAUGAAGGGAUUUGUUGCAUCGACGAAUUUGACAAAAUGACUGAGCAUGAUCGAACCGCAAUUCACGAAGUCAUGGAACAACAAACAAUUUCUAUAGCCAAGGCGGGUAUCAUUACGUCAUUAAAUGCUAGAGUGAGUAUUCUUGCGGCUGCGAAUCCGGCCUAUGGAAGAUACAAUCCAAAACGAACCGUCGAACAAAACAUUCAACUUCCGGCAGCUCUUUUGUCUCGUUUUGAUCUUUUAUGGUUGAUUCGAGAUCAACCGGAUAGAGAUAAUGAUUUGAGACUUGCUCAACACAUCACAUACGUUCACCGUCACAAUUCACAACCCAAAACCAAAGUCGAUACUGUUGAUCCUCUUUUUUUUAAAAAAUAUAUUGCUAAAUGCAAAACGCUCAAUCCGACCAUUCCAGAAUCACUCAGUGAUUACAUUGUUCAAAAUUAUGUAGAAAUGAGAAAACGAGCGAGAAACGACAAAGAUCAAACGUUUACAUCUCCGAGAAAUCUUUUAGCCGUGUUGAGAUUGUCGACUGCAUUGGCCAGACUAAGGAAUUCAAACGAAGUUGACAAGGGUGAUGUUCAAGAAGCGAUUAGGUUGAUGGAAAUGUCAAAACAAUCCAUAAUGGCGGUAGAUGAUGGGCUGAGCAAGCCUGCAAAUCCUAUAGAUCACAUAUAUGAAAUAAUAAGAGAUUUUAGAAAUGAAGAUUUAUCAAGUGUUAAAAUGGCGGAUAUUGUAUCGAGAUGUGUUGCUAAAGGAUUUCAUCCCGAUCAAAUAAAUCGUUGCGUGGAAGAAUAUGAAGAAUUAAAUGUUUGGUCCAUAAAUCAAGCUCGCACGACUUUAACGUUUCUUUAA